AGCUUUAAAACUUCCACUUCUCAAAAAAGGCUCUAGUGCUGAAAUUUACAGCGUGCAUACACUCACGCAGAGUCAUUCGAGCCUCUUCAGAUAACAGAACCUCAGAACAAACCAGUAACAGUCCGAAAAGAACCAUGAUAAGUCCCAGAACAGUUUGUUUCGUGUAUUUGGCAUUGAUCUUCGGAACGUCACAUGCUAACUCCGCAAAUGGCAACGAAACAAUUAUAACAGUCCCAUCAGUAACAGAAGAUGCCUUGUCUACAACAAGUGACACCACGCCAACAUCCAACAAUAACAGAGAGCAAUUAAAACGAAACACUGCAGCGAAAAUAUCUAAAACAUCAGUCUGCGUACAGCCCACUCCUAAACCUGAGGAAGGACAUUGUAUUUUCUUUCUACCAACUUCUAACGAUAAACUGCUACUGAUUGUGGUUGCUCUCACAGUGGGCUGCUUGGCAUUGUUGCUGACCACACUGAUAUGCACCUGUCAGGUUUGUCACCAGAGAGGAAUUAUCUCUAGUCUCCAGACUCUUUACGACAACAUUGACCCACAUGCCAGAAGAGAGAAGAGUGAAUCGCCACGCCAGGAUGGAGGCCAAGUGGACAGGCACCCAACUGAGACCUGCUUCAUGCUAUCAGAGAUCACCACAGCACAAGACGAGAGUAGAGAGGAUGAGGAGAAGAAUGACACGGAGCAGCCCAGCGCCGAGUCGCCUGUGAAGAACUCAAAUGGAGACAUCACCCAAGAGAACAGUCCUGAGCCUGAUGCAAAAGCACCAGAGAGCUACGACACAGGGGUGUGAUCUUAAACUGGUAUCACACAACUCCCCCUGGUGGCAUUUCAAGUUUGCACCUGCUUAAGCUUUAACUGUUAUCUGAUGCAUAAGACUCAAGAAGGUCUGAAAUAUGAAAGUAUAAAACUAUAUUAAAAAAGCACUGAAAAUACUGCAAAUAACCCUUUGUCACCCAUGCUAUAACAAUAUUGUAUGACCAUGUUUCAAAUGUGUGCAUUUAUGUUGUCUGUAUUUUAAAUAAUAUGUCUGCAUUUUGUUCACACUGAAUCUUUAAACAUCCUUAAAUGAGAUAUGUAAUUGACAAACUAAAAUAUCUAUAAAUAAAUAUAAUAUAUAUAUAUAAAUAUUUCUCUGGAAUCAAUCAGAUUCAUCCAAUUUUACAAUGAAACGUAUCUUGUUUCAAGGAUGUUCAAAUAUUUUUAAUAAAAAACAUUUUGAAAUUUUGAAAAUGACUGCAGUUGUGUGUUUUUUUUUUUUUU